AAGAAAGAAAUCAAUAUAUGGGCCUUGCACAAAUUUAGCCAGGAUCUGUACACCCAAAAAUUGCAGCAGUUUUCUGAAGAAACCCUUUUUGCUUUCUUCCUACUGCUUUGCCUCGGCUGCUCAACUAAAAGCAAUUAUUUUCUUCAGUUCUAAUGGCUGCUUUCACUUACAUGGGGUUUUGAAUUCGACAUGAACCAGGAUGCUCAGGAGAUAUUCAGGAAUGUGGUUCAGAAAAUUAAGGAAUGUGGAUGGUGAGAAUUUUGUGGGGUUUUCAAGGCUAAUCAGAAGAUAUGCAUCAGUUUCAAGCACAAGUGUGAUAGACAUGGCUGUUAGAGAUGGGGAGCUGAGGGUUUUCAUAGUCUCUGGAGAGGUUUCCGGAGACACCAUUGGCUCUCGUCUCAUGGCGUCUCUGAAGAAUCUCUGUCCUGUUCCUGUCCGUUUUGCCGGUGUUGGAGGGUUGAUGAUGUCCAAGCAAGGAUUAAAGUCGCUGUUUCCGAUGGAGGAUAUUGCGGUGAUGGGAUUAUUGGAGUUAUUGCCUCAUCUGAAUAGGAUCAGAGUGAAGCUGCUGGAGACACUAGAGGCUGCUCUUCUGUUUCAACCUCAUGUUGUUGUGACAGUGGAUUCAAAGGGUUUCUCUUUCCGCCUCUUAAAACAGCUACGGGCUAGAUACAAUCAGCAGCGAGUCGAUGCUCCAGUACACUUCCACUAUGUAGCACCGUCAUUCUGGGCUUGGAAAGGGGGUGAAGCAAGACUCCGAGGCCUGGCUGGAUUUGUGGAUCAUGUCUUGUGUAUACUUCCAAAUGAAGAAGAAGUUUGCAGAUCAAAUGGACUGGCUGCGACCUUUGUGGGCCACCCCAUUUUGGAGGAUGUUUUGGAGCUGAAAUCGAAGGACACUUCACCCCAUGAAUGGAAGAUAGAAGGAAACUGUGAAGAUUUCCGAAGGAGAUAUGCAAUACCAGCAGGAGCAAAAGUCAUUUCCUUGCUUCCUGGAAGCAGAUUACAAGAGGUCACCAGAAUGCUUUCUAUCUUCGCAAACGCUAUGGGAUUAUUAAAAGUGUCCUUUCCUGAGUUAGUAACAGUCAUCCACGUUGCUCCAAAUCAGCAUGUGAAGAACUAUGUUGCCGGAAUCGCUAACAAGUGGCCUGUGCCCUCUAUAUUGAUUCCAGGAGGAUCCCUGCACCAAAAAUAUGAUGCAUUCAGUGCAAGUAGUGUUGCAUUAUGUGCUUCUGGAACAGUUGCCUUGGAGAUGCAGCUUGCACGGCUACCAUGUGUAGUCGCUUAUCGAGCUCAUUUCCUAACUGAGUGGAUUAUUCGUUAUAAGGCCAAGAUACCUUACAUCUCUCUCCCAAAUAUUCUCAUGGAUUCACCUAUUAUACCCGAAGCUCUCUUUCAAGCGUGCACUCCGACAAACCUAGCAUCAUUGAUUUUGGGUUUGAUACAUGACGAUGGCCUCCGAGAAAAGCAGAUUGUUGCCGCUGGCAAGGUUAUCAGACUUCUUUGCACUCCGGCCAGAAAUUCAGAUGAGUUGGUAGAGCAGCAUCAAGGAGGGAGGUUUCCCCAUAACACACCAAGUGUGAUAGCAGCAACUGCAAUACUGCACCAUGCAAAGCCAUAAUUGUUAUCUGUGGGAUGUCAUUAUUUAUGCACAAGAUGUUAUCCAAAUGUUUGUAUCUCACCGAUGAAUCCUUUAACUUGAUUCAGAUUGAAGGCGGUGAGUUUUGUUUCCGUUCUUCACUCGAUUGGAGGUGUAUGAAUACUGACAAUGUAACAUCAAAAUUCCAAAAUUUAAUAAGCAACCCUAUGUUGAUCGGUUUUUCUUUUGACAA